UAUAUAGAGAUAAAUUAAUCAGAACAAACAGCACUUCAAUUCCUCUGUGUUUUUUUUCUUUCUGAAAUUUCUGUAUGCAAAUUAAUUAAAGAAGCCAUGGAUGAUAUCAUUAACAAGGUACUCAACGUUAUAAUUCCUCCCAUAUCCCUCACCUUCUUCCUCUUCCUUCUGCCACCCUAUCUCUUUUACAAGUUCCUCCUCUCCGCCGUACGAUCUGUUUUCAGUGAAGAUGUGGCUGGAAAAGUCGUCCUCAUCACUGGAGCUUCCUCUGGCAUAGGAGAGCAUAUGGCAUAUGAGUAUGCUAGAAGAGGAGCUUGCCUAGCUCUUGUUGCCAGAAGAGAAAACCUGCUCCAAUCUGUGGCUAGCAGAGCCAUGUCCAUUGGCUCCCCAGAUGUUCUUGUAAUCCCUGCAGAUGUUUCAAAGGUGGAAAAUUGUAGGCGCUUUGUCGAUGUAGCAGUGAACCACUUUGGGCGUUUGGAUCACCUAGUCAACAAUGCUGGGAUUACUCCAGUCUGCUUGUUUGAAGAGAACACUGAUGUCACUAAAAUAGCACCAGCUAUGGACACAAACUUUUGGGGUUCGGUAUAUGGCACCUACUUUGCCAUUCCACACCUUAAAAGGAGCAGAGGGAAGAUCGUGGGGAUCGCUUCCUCAGCCGGAUGGUUGCGCGUGCCACGACUAAGCUUGUAUGGUGCUACCAAAUCAGCUGUGAUAAGCUUCUAUGAGACGCUGAGAGUUGAAAUUGGGAGAGAAGUUGGAAUAACAAUUGUGACUCCAGGUUUGGUGGAAUCAGAAAUGACCAAAGGCAAAUUCUUAUCCAAGGAAGGCCAACUGGUAUUGGAUCAAGAAUUGAGAGAUGUUGAAGUAAGCAUAAUGCCAAUACUGCCUGUCAAGGAGGCUGCCAAAUCAAUCGUGGACAGCGCAUGCCGGGGAGAAAAUUACUUGACAGUACCAGCUUGGGUUUGGCAUUCAUUUUACUGGAAGGUGUUUUUCCCAGAGUUACUGGAAUGGUCUAACCGUAUGUUACUGAUGAGCAAAGGGAGCGGUGGCGAGAGGGAUACAAUAAGUAAGAAGCUCCUGGACCUAACCGGCUUGAAGGAGUGUCUGUAUCCGGAAUCGGUUCGAUAGAUAUCCUGAGCUUAAGCAACGAUGAUCAUUGAGGAACCUUUUCCAGAUAAGCAAAUGUAGUUUGCUAUUUAAUGUCAUUCUCAGCACAUAAAUAAAUUACAGUUUCUAUCUGUCUCAGAAGAUAAAAGGAACAUACUCAAUCUAGAAGACAACAACACACUAAAUCUAGAAGACAACAGUAUCAAGCAUUGCUCCAAAAGUCUGGCCUAUGUUUGAGGACAUCAAGUUGGAGACAAGUUGCUCAAGGUGUUUCUUGGCAUCUUUCCUUCCCACCUUAGCAAUUGCAAGCUUCUCUGGUUCAUCUUCCUCCUCGUAUUCCUCCUGCAC